CUAGGGUUUUCUCGCCUCCUCAUAGACCUCCACCGCCUCCUCAGUUUUCCCCCUGUUGGAAGAGUUCGUGCCAAGGCCAGCACUCACCCUCCCAUCCCUCCUCUCCGGCCGCAACCCCCGCCGCCGCCGCCAUGGUGAAGUACUCGAGGGAUCCGUCCAACCCGACCAAGUCGGCCAAGGCCUGUGGCAAGGAUCUCAGGGUCCACUUCAAGAACACACGCGAGACAGCGUUUGCUCUUCGCAGGAUGCCUUUGGGCAAGGCUAAGAGGUACCUUGAGGAUGUUCUCGCUCACAAGCAAGCGAUUCCCUUCCGGAGAUACUGCAGAGGUGUGGGUCGUACCGCGCAAGUAAAGAACCACCAGCCAAAUGGGCAGGGUCGCUGGCCUGCAAAGUCGGCCCAGUUCGUGUUGGAUUUGCUGAAGAAUGCUGAGAGUAACGCUGAGGUUAAAGGCUUGGACGUCGACAACCUCUACAUUUCACACAUCCAGGUGAACCAAGCCCAAAAGCAGAGGCGCCGUACAUACCGUGCUCAUGGACGCAUCAAUCCUUACAUGUCCAACCCCUGCCACAUUGAGCUGAUCUUGUCAGAGAAGGAAGAGCCUGUGAAGAAGGAGGCUGACAACGUCGUCGCACCAAGGAAAGCUAUCUAAGCUAACGGAGUGGCUGCAUUCGUCCAAGAAUCUUAGUUGUAGUUCUUCUCAAGUAUCUUUGUUGGCAGUGUUUGUUGCCUCCUUGAUGUUUUUGUUACCAACAUGGAGUAAGGAUUUGUUAAGGUUGAUGCUAUCCUUGUGAUCGCGAGUGGUCUUUAUAUGCUAAAACAGUUUCAGAUAUUUGAGCAUUAGCCCAUCAGAACUUAUUUCUCAGAGAUGCUGGUCCUUUCGGGAUGUUCACUUUGAGUAUUAUAUCCACUUUUU